AUGUUAACUCAAUCUCCUGUACAAGAAACUUCAUUAAAUUAUCAACAUGUUAAUUCAACAACAACAACAACAACAACAACAACAAAACGACAAUUAUCAUCAUCAUCAUUUCCAAUUUCAAAUCAACAAUCUUUAUCAGUAGCACAUCAAAAUAUUGAAAUAUCAUCAAAUUUAAUAGAUAUACAACAACAAAAUCAAUCUAGACCAUCUAGAAAUUGUCCAUUAAAUGAUGAAGAGAUGACUUUGAAUAAAAUUAAAUCUCCUUCUGGAAUUCCACGAUUAUUCUCUUUGAAUGAUUCUAUUGCUAAUAGAUUGAAUAAUAAUAAUCAUAGUAAUAAAAGUAAUAAUAAUAAUAAUUCAUCUUCAAAUAAUUCUCCAAAUGAACAAAAUGGUGAGAAUUGCAUGUCAAAUGGUGGUAAUGCUUGUAACCCUUAUAAUACUACAAUCAAUUAUACAACUAUUAAUACUACUACUACUACUACUAAUAAUAAUAAUAAUGAUAAGCAUAAUUCAGUAUAUUCAAACAAUAUGUCAACAGAUCAUUCAACAUUACAAUCCAAUUCAUCUUAUCCACAAAAAUCUUUACCAACAACAUAUCAUACAUUAUCAUCACCAAAUGGUUCUGGUAAUCAACGUGUUAGCCGACCACGUACUAUUAAUACAAUACAACCAGUGAAUAGACAAGAUCGAACAAUGUCUGAACAUCCUCACAAAUCAGUUGAUACGGAAUCGGAUACAUCAAGUGUAUUCUCUAGCAGUGGCCCACCAAGACCAAUCUCUUCGAAAAUUGGAUCGUUUCAAAAUGCGAAACAUAAACCAGGAGGUGGAAAUGUACAAAUUUUCAAUGAAAAAGUAAUUGUGAAUACAGUUGCCGGGAAAUGUAAUUCAUUAGCUAAUGUCAAGCAUAAACCAGGUGGAGGAAAUCUACAAAUUAUUGAUCAAAAACUUGAUUUUUCAUCUAAUACCCAAUCGAAAGUUCGAUCAUUUCAAAAUAUUAAACAUGUUCCUGGUGGAGGUGACAAAAAGAUACCUAUUGAAAAAUUAGAUUUUAAAGAGAAAGCUUCACCAAAAGUUGGUUCACUUGCCAAUGUGAAACAUAAUCCAGCGGGUGGUGAUGUGAAAAUUUUCAAUGAACAUCUCCCAUGGUUAAAAUAUAAUAAACCAAAUUUACCAGAUUCAGAAAAAGAUCGAAUUAAUAAACGAUCUAAUAAUCAUCAUUUCAAUGGAACAAAUAAUCAUGAUCUUAUGAAUACAUCAAUGUUAUCAAGCAGUAGUACAGGACAUUAA